GCUCAUUAACAUGGUGUCUCAUCACCAAAAUGCCUCCGAAGAAGAAGGGACAAGACCAAAGCAAUAAAAAGACCGUUAAUAAACAGAAAGAAAAGAUUAUUGAGGAUAAAACAUUUGGUUUGAAAAACAAGAAGGGUAAAAAGCAGCAGCAGUAUGUCAAGAAUGUCACACAACAGGUCAAGUUUGGAGGCAAUCCAAGUGCAAGGAAGUUAGCACAAGAAACAGAUACAAAGAAACUUGACCAGGAAAGGAAGAAAAAAGAAGCAGAAGAAUUGAAUCAACUCUUCAAACCUGUUGCAACAAAUUUCCAAGGAUGCGAUCCAAAGUCGGUCGUGUGUGCGUACUUCAAGCAGGGUCUUUGUGGGAAAGGAGACAAGUGUAAAUAUUCUCAUGACAUCAAUUUGGAAAGAAAAGGGGAGAAGAGAAGUUUGUAUGUUGACUCAAGGGACGAUGAAUUACAGAAAGAUACAAUGGACACUUGGGAUCAACAGAAAUUAGAAGAGGUUGUUGAAAAGAAACAUGGAGAAAAAGAGAAGAAAAACACAACCGAAAUUGUUUGUAAAUAUUUCUUGGAAGCUAUUGACAAAGGACUGUACGGUUGGUUUUGGAAUUGCCCUAAUGGUGAGAAAUGCAUCUAUCGUCAUGCUCUACCGCCCGGAUUUAUUUUGAAGAAGAAGGAACAGAAACAGGACAAGGAUGAAAUUUCGUUGGAGGAAUUGAUCGAGGAAGAGCGAGCGAAAUUAGGAACAAAUUUGACAAAGAUUACUUUAGAAACUUUCACGACUUGGAAAACGAGGAAGUUAAAGGAGAAGAAAGCGACGUACGAGAGCGAAACAAAGAAGAAAAAAGAAGCUUUUAAAAUGGGAAGAAUUGUCGGAAAAAUAAGCGGUCGAGAGGUAUUCCAGUUUCGACCAGAGCUUGUGGACGACGAUGGUGAUGACGAAGAAGGGGAAUCGUUUGAUAUUACACAGUUCAGGCGGGAUGAGGAUGAUGAUGAUGACGAAAACGAUACAAAAGUCGUCGACAUCUCUUUGGAUUCUUUCAACACACUAGAAUACAACCAAAAUGGCACACCAACCACCGAGAAAGAAAACACACAACAGAAGAACAUGGACACAGAUGGAUUGGAGAUGGCUUGUGCUGUUACAGCGGAUGAUACGGGACAAACUGGACCGACUAUAGACGGGGUACCGGUGGAUCAAAGUUUAUUCGAAGAUUUAGAUGAUCUGGACUUGGACGAUGAUAUGGUCGAGUAGAUUUCUCGGAAUCGAAAUAAUAUCCUAGAAACUGUGGAUAGUGGUGAAAUGAAUAUCCACGAAUGAAAAAAAUAACGUUGAGUAACAACAGCUGGCUUUGGUCUAUAUACUCCCUCACAUCGCUUCUAAUCAAAGAAAAUUCAAAAUUUCUAUAUAUCUUUGACUAAGAACUUUUGUAGGUAAAAAUAUCUUGCCAAGCCAAACUACGAUAUCUGCCGGGAAAUUAUGGAUGGAGGGAGCUCAUAUCUAAGCAAAGGAGGCACGUUAUUAAAAUAUUGUCAAAAU